AUGCUUGUCUCCAUAGACCGGAUUCACUCGUGGGCGAAAGCUCACGCUUCUUCUCGUGGCCAAACAGACCAGACAACCCCCGAACCGGCCGCCGAUCCUGACCCUGCGGAAAAACCGCCGCAAGAUGGACAAGUGAACGCCCCCGUUGACGACCCAACCCCAGGGUCUGUCACGGAAAGCAACUCAACCCCCGGCCUCGCGCGCCGCAUGAGGAACGGAUCCGUCCGUUUCUAUCACCACACCAAAGAUGCCAUCUGCCAUAGCUGGGUCAAUGUCCUCCUGGUCUUCGUCCCAGUGGGCAUUGCCUGCGAGGCCGCAGGUCUCAACCCGGCCAUCAUCUUCGCGAUGAAUGCAGUGGCUAUCAUUCCCCUGGCUGGACUCCUCAGCCAUGCUACAGAGAGUGUCGCUAGCCGUCUGGGUGAUACAAUUGGAGCUCUCAUCAACGUCACUUUCGGAAACGCCGUGGAGUUGAUCAUCUUCAUCAUCGCCCUCGUCAAGAAUGAGAUCCGAAUUGUCCAAGCUUCCCUGCUCGGCUCCAUUCUGGCCAAUCUGCUCCUGAUCAUGGGAAUGGCAUUCCUUUCUGGUGGUCUCCGCUUCCAGGAACAAAUCUACAACAGCACUGUCACCCAAAUGAGUGCCUGUCUGCUCAGUUUGAGUGUGGUCAGUCUGCUCUUGCCGACUGCCUUCCACGCCUCUUGGUCCGAUAGCGUAAAUGCCGACAGAGAGACCAUCAAGGUCAGCCGUGGUACCAGUGUCGUGCUCCUAUUGGUGUACAUCUUGUAUAUCAUCUUCCAGCUUCGGACCCACUCCUACCUGUAUGCUAGUAUUCCCCAAGCCAUCAUUGAUGAGGAGUCCCACCCUGGUGUCUUGGCGGAAUUCAUGAAUAGCUCUUCGGAUUCUUCAUCUAGCUCAAGUGAUGAGUCUGACGACACAACAACGUCGUGGACCACUGCGAAGCGCAUAAAGAGGGCCAUGAAAUAUCGCAGACACCGCAAGUCAAGCACCAGCUCCAAAGGAACAGCAUCUCGCACUUCCUUCCAGAAGAGAGCCAUGGCCUCCACUUCCAAUGAAAACCAGAGCUCCAUUCCCAACUCCAUCGGCAGCAACGAACAUGCCAUCGACAUCGGCGAAGAAGCUCGUUACGACGCGGACGAUGACGCUCAGGACCCUGCCGCGAUUCGCUCUCGCGACUUUGGAAUUGCUCUCAGCCAGAUGGAUAGCCAUGCAAGCAAGAAGUCCAAGAAGCGCGAUCGUAAGAGGCGCAAGGCCCUCAAAGCGGAAAAGCAGGCGCAGAUCCAGGCCCCUGGUGAAGGCAGUCCUUCGAACGGCCUAGGCCCAGCAGCCAAGGGACUCCAGCCUUCGCCCAACUUUGUUGGAUUUGAUAGCAUCACCGAUGAGGCCCAAAAGCGCCGCUCUCCCUUCGGGCCCAUCCCCUCUCUGCUGUCAAACACCGUCUUCAGCUCCCAGUCGCCGGCCCUGUCACCACACAUUGGCAAUGCUGCGCGCCCCGGCAUUGCUCGAAGUAAUUCGUUGCCUGCUCACAUCAACCGUCCUCCCCCAGCCGGCAAUGCCGUGCAGUUCGCUCGUGGGGCUUCUCGCCUCACCAAUCCCACCGACCCCCCAGUUCCGGAGACAGCCUCCCAGGCCCCGGAACCCGAAAUGUCGCGGACUGCUGCUGUUGUGAUGCUCCUGCUGUCCACCGGUCUUGUCGCUGUAUGUGCUGAGUUCUUAGUCGAUGCUAUUCCGGCUAUGAUUACCAGCUCGAAUGUCAGCGAGGCCUUCAUUGGUCUUAUCAUCUUGCCUAUUGUCGGUAAUGCUGCCGAGCACGUUACCGCUGUCAGCGUUGCGACCAAGAACAAGAUGGACUUGUCUAUUGGUGUUUCUGUUGGAAGUAGUAUCCAAAUUGCUAUCUUCGUCACACCCCUGGUUGUCAUCCUCGGUUGGUGCAUGGAUAAAGACAUGUCGCUCUACUUCACCUUGUUCGAGACUAUCUGCCUCUUUGUCACCACUUUCGUUGUCAACUUCCUGGUCCUUGACGGUCGCAGUAACUACCUCGAAGGUGUACUCCUGAUCGCAGCGUACAUUAUCAUUGCUCUAUCUGCCUUUUUCUAUCCUGAUAGCGCCCAGGCCAGCAGUAUCGCUGGCUCAGAAUGA